AUGUAAUGUGGAUAAUAUUGUGAAGGUUGUACAAACUAUUACUAGUGUAAUGAUUGUAUCAAAAAAGAAAAUAUUCGUAGAUAUGAAUAUUUAUAUGACAAAACUUGUGGUACCUGUAAUGAUGGAUUAUUUGUAAGUUUUUCAAUAGUAACUAAUAAAUGUUAAGGAAAGUCAAAUAAAUGUAAAGAUAUUUCAGAUGAUGGUAGAGUAUGUAAGAGUUGCAAAGAUAGUAGUCUAUUUAUUAACGAAGAAUUGGCAACUUGUUAAAAAUGUGACACUAAUAACGGGUGGUAUAUAAGUGAUAAGUAUUGUAGAAGGUGCCCAUAUCAAUGUUUAUCAUGUAAAGGACCAAAUCCUAAUGAUUGCAUUACUUGUAGAGAUAGAUUAUUGAAACAUGAUGAUGGAAGAUGCGAAUUAAAAUGUGAUUAAGAUGGAUUUUAUAUUGAGGGAUCCAAAUGUUUACCUUGCAAUCCUGAAUUAAAUUGCUAAAAAUGUAAUAACAGUAUAUCUUGCACUAAGUGUAAUUCUGGAUUAUUUAUUUAAUCUGAUAUAAAUAAUGGAUGUGAUAUUUGUUAGGAUGGUUUUUUUAUAUCAGGUAAUUAUUGCAAGCGCUGUAAAGAAAAUUGUUAUAAAUGCAAAGAUUUGAAUAAUUGUGAAAAGUGUGCUGAUGGAUUUUUUUCCAAAAAUGGAAUUUGUACUUUAUGUCCUAAGGAUCUAAAAUGCAAAACUUGCUCAGAUGAAAUAACUUGUACCAGUUGUAAUAGUGGUGAAUAUUUUUACUCUAAUAAUACUUGUGAUACUUGCAAAGAAGAAUAUUAAAUAGAUGGUAUAUUAUGUAAAAAUUGUAAACAAAAUUGUUUAAAAUGUAGCUCUAAAGAUGCUUGUAGUUAAUGUACCAAUCGAUAUUUUCUUAAAUCUGGUAACUGUGAAGCUUGCAAUCCUUCAUUAAAUUGCUUAACUUGCUCAGAUUAACUUUCUUGUACAUCUUGCACUAAAGAUAAAUAUAUAAAUCCUGAUGGUUAAUGUGAUUUUUGUAGAGAAGGGUAUUUUAUUGAAAAUUAAUUUUGUAAAAAAUGUUCAGAUAAUUGUUAAAAGUGCUCAUCAGUAUCUUAAUGUAUUUAAUGCUCUUAAGGAUAUUUUUUAAAAGGAAAUGUGUGUAAGUAAUGUACUCCUUAAAUGAACUGCUUAACUUGUAUAAAUGAAAACUCUUGCGAAUCUUGUGAACCAGGUAAAUUUAUUUAAAAGGAUGGAAAAUGCGAUAAAUGUGAAUAAGGAUAUUACAUAGAAAAUAAAUAUUGUAGAUAAUGUAAAAUUGGAUGUAGUAUCUGUACUUCAUACUUUAAAUGUGAUUAAUGCAUGCCCUAGUUUUAUAAAUUAAAAACUGUAUGA